UAUAAACCCCAUGCGCAUACCAGCGUGCAGCAACUCCAUCCUACAGUCUAACACAUCUAUUCAUGCCAUUGACUUAAGAACCUCGUCCAUAACAUAAGUACUUCCCAAAGUAACAGACAACUUCGUCGAGAUGGAUUCACAGAGAGAGUAUGACAUCAUCCUCCUUGGCCCAACCGGUUACACAGGACGCUUCUGUGCCCAGCAUAUCGUCAAGCAUCUUCCUACCAACCUGAAAUGGGCCCUGGGCGGACGCUCUCAGCCCAAGCUGGAGCAAGCUGUUAAGGACCUGAAGGCUUUGAAUUCUGAUCGCAGAGACCCUGAUAUCCUUACUGUACAGCUCAACCGAGAAGAGCUUGGUCCGCUGGCCCAAAAGACGAAGAUCAUCAUCAAUUGUGUGGGUCCGUACUGUUUGCACUCAACGCCGGUGAUCGAGGCAUGUGCUAGCAAUGGAACACACUACGUCGAUGCAACUGGAGAAACCCCCUGGCUGAAGAUUAUCAUCGAGAAAUAUCAUGACACUGCCAAAUCUAACGGGGCCGUGAUCAUCCCCUCAGUCGGUAUCGAGAGCGCCCCAGCAGACAUGCUAACCUGGGCUCUGGUCAAGCGCAUCCGCGAAGACCUAGCCUGCGACACCAGAGAAGUUGUCUCCGCCAUCCACGAGAUCAAAUCCUCCGGAGCCAGCGGCGGCACGCUCAGCACGAUCCUCACCGUCUUCGACACGCUCUCCUUCGCCGACAUCGCCAAAUCCGCCGACCCGUUCGCGCUGGCCGCCUCCCCGGCCCCCAGCAACGUGCCCAGCGAGCCCCUGCUGGCCCGACUCUCCGGCGUCCGCUACGUGCGCGACCUCGGCGCGCUCACCACCUCGCCGUCCGGCCUCGCCGACAUCAACAUCGUCCACCGCAGCAGCUCCCUGAUGCCGGAGUUCUACGGGCCUAGCUUCCACUUCCGGCAGUUCCUGCGCGUGCGCAACGCCCUGGUGGGCGUUCUCUUCCACUAUGCCUUCCUCAUCAGCAUCUCGCUGCUGAUCUUCUCGCCUGUCCGCGCGCUGGUCCGGAAGUACGUCUACAGUCCCGGCACCGGGCCGCGGGAGGAGGACUCGGUCAACGAUCAGGUCGAGUACCGUGCCGUCGCGACGGCAGAUCAGGCUUCCACCUCCUCCUCCUCGUCGUCGUCGCCGAAGCGCGCGUUCGGCAAGUUGCGGUACCAGGGGGGAAUGUACGAAUUCACCGGGCUGAGUCUCGCCGAGGCGGCGAUGGUGAUUCUCGAGAAUGAGGAGAAGGUUAAGAGGGUGUCGCGGGGUGGGAUCGUGACGAGCGCGGUGCUAGGACAGGAGCUGUUGGAUCGGUGGGAGAAAGUCGGGUGUCGGGUCGAGACGCAGAUUUUCGAGCACUGAUCUUGGUGUCGUGUUAUGAUGGUAUGGUCUGUAUAAUCGGUUGUGUUAUUUGUACUGUAUCCCAUAUGAAUGAAUCUUGCAACGAAGCACCGCACCACAGCAUGACGCAGUCAAACGACCACAACGAACACCAUAACCAGAUUUGCAGAACAGUCCAGUCGUUCCAAUCCCACCCUCUCAUUCCCACCCAUUCAGUCCCCAAGGCCAAGUCAUCCCACCGACACGCUAACAUACAUUCCCUCGCCCCUCUCAAACCCCCACCUCCACGCCACAGCAUCACUAAGAUACCUACCUACAACCUCGACAACCCCGCCCUUCCAAAAACAACCUCCUCCAACCACCACGCAAUAAUCUCAUUAACCUCCUGAGGCUUCUGCCACAGGGCCCAAUGGCCCGUAUUGACGUGCUUAUAGGUCAAGUGCGGGAUCGUCUUCGUCAUGCCCCCGCCUCGAUGCGGCGGGAGCGCGGGGUCCUUCAGCGCCUGAACGAACAGCAG